AUGGCGCCAGUCUCAGCGUUGGACGCGAGCACUUCGGUCGCUUCGCCCCUCACCCCGUCCAAAAAGGAAAACACACACUCGCACCAUACGGCCAUCAAUGAGCAGAUCAAGCCUCCUAAGAACCAGGAGCUCUCUCGCAUCAAUGAGUCCUCCAACGACUCGCAGCCCGAUCCGAAGGGCAGUUGGAGGAGCUGGAGGCGAGGUGAUGGUCUCCAGCCAUGGGAGAACGAGAUCGUCCGCAGCACCGAAGUGCAGCGCAAGGCAAAUGUAGCUCAACUCUACUUUCUCAAUCACUAUUUCGACAAUCUCCGAUACCUUGCUGACCGCAAAGCAAGACACGCUCGUUUCCAGGAGUCUACACGCGCUCGUCACCUGCUAUCGGACGAUCCAGACGCCGAGCCGUCGCCCGAGUACCUCAAAGAACGCAGCUCCUACUUUGGACGCGAACGUGUUUUGCUUCGCAAGAGGAGGACCAAGCUUCGUGUCGACCAAUUCCACAUCAUCACUCAGGUCGGUGCCGGUGGCUAUGGUGAGGUCUUUCUCGCUCGAAAGCGCGACACGGGCGAGAUCUGCGCGCUCAAGCGGCUUAAGAAGCGCAUCCUUGUCAAGAUGGACGAGGUGCGCCACGUUCUCACAGAGAGGGACAUCCUGACCGCUACCAAGACGCCCUGGCUGGUUCGUUUGCUGUACGCCUUCCAGGAUCCUGACCACGUCUUUCUAGCCAUGGAAUACGUACCUGGUGGAGACUUUCGUACGCUGCUCUGCAACAACGGUGCUCUCAAGGAAGAGUACGCUCGAUUCUACAUGGCCGAAAUGAUUGUCUCGGUUAACGAGCUCCACCGUCUAGGCUACAUUCACCGUGACCUCAAGCCAGAAAACUUCCUCGUCGAUUCUACGGGUCAUGUCAAGCUCACCGACUUCGGUCUCGCCUCGGGUGCGCUCAGUCCGGGCAAGAUCGAGUCGAUGAAGGCAAGGUUGGAUGCUGUCAAGGACACCGACUUUGUCUACCGCACGCCUGCCGAGCGCGGAUCCAUGUACAAAAAGAUGAUCCAGCACACCCAACACCGCGCCAACUCGAUCGUAGGCAGCCCAGACUACAUCGCCCCCGAGAUGCUCCGAGGACGACAGUACAGCUUCGGCGUCGAUUACUGGAGCCUUGGAUGCAUCCUUUACGAGUUCCUCUGCGGCUUCCCUCCUUUCAGUGGCAGCAACCCCGACGAGACGUUCGCUAACCUCAAGAACUGGCAAAAGGUGCUACAGCGGCCCGUGUACGACACGCCUGAAAACGUGCAGUUCAACCUGAGCGAUGUUGCCUGGGACGCCAUCACCAAGCUCGUCGACACGCCCGAGCGACGCUACAGCACCCUCGAGCCCGUGCAGGCGCACCCCUUCUUCCGCUCGUUGGAUCUGGGCCGUUUGCGCGAGCUCAAGGCACCUUUCAUCCCGGAACUCGAAAACGAGGAGGACACGGGCUACUUUGACAACUUUGACGAUCCUGCUGACAUGGCACGCUACAAGGAUGUCCACGAGAAACAGAAGAACGUCGAGGCGGUGCGAGAGGCCGGCUCGGGCUCCGGUGGAAGGGCUCUGUGGGUCGGAUUCACGUUUGGCAAGAACCACCUCGGUGCCAACGGCAAGCCUCUGUUCCCACCAUCCACAUCCAAGGAUGCUUCGGACGCCUUUGCCACCAUGUUCUGA